CUCAUACUUACCGCAUGGCAUCAGUUUGCAAGCAUGGCCGUUGAUGACGCUAGUGUUCGAUGUAAACAACACUCGAAUAAAGCUGUCUGGGGUGGGUGGUUUGGUGAUGGUGAGUGAGUUUCGAUGCUCGCUCGCUCACCUCUCACAGCAUCACUUUGACAAACAUCGUCGUCGAUAGAGAGAUUGUUAAUGCUUGCAAAUCUAUAGUCUAUCUGCAGGCGCGUUGAUAAUUGUUGAUAAUUUUCUAAAGUUUUACUCAACCGGAACUAGAUCAAACCCAUUCAAAACGUGUCAUAGAAAGCUGAUUUUUCUAUGGAAGAAGACACAGCGACGAUGGAAGCAAAAGUUAAAGAUAAUAAACGAUAUGCAGUGAGUUUGGUGUGAACGGCUCUAUUAAUAGAUUUGCGGCAGCAGGAAAUCCGAAUCCUCGACGACGAUUGUAGGAAACACGUCGGAUUGCAAAAGGAGAGACAAAAAUAUAAUAUAACAUAUCUAAACCGGAAGCCGCUUUCCAAUCGACCUGAACAGCAAUGACAAUGGACUUCAAGUGUCCGCUCUGUGAUAUGCCGAUGCCGACGAUGGAGAAGCUGAAGCAGCACAUCAAGAACACCCACAGUGCGUACUUUUGCGACACCUAUCUGUUUCCGGGGGAGAUUCUGUUUCCGGUAAACCCGUCCAGCGUGGCACCGAACAACGUGGAAGGAGUGAUCACAUCGGAACCGCAGAUUUCCACGCCGGAAGUAACGAUUCAGCAGGCAGAAGAACCGUGCUGUUCCUGCUGCGAGUACGAAACUGCCGAGGGUGACGGAGCCGAUUGUGGUCUGUGCGACUGCAACUGCGAGGACGACGCUGGGGCGGAAUGUGACGACUGUAUGGUAAUGUAACUUGGUUUUAAGCCAACUUUCCAAAAUGUAAGUAGAACUGCCCGAUCGCUGACAUCCCAUUAUCAAACAUAAAGAAAAACCAAAGUCCGCCAGCAAUGCCAAACACCACGCACGUACAAGGUCGACAUCACUGCUGCACUCGUGUGUUUGAAACUUUGUUUUCAUUUUCGGAUAAAGUGCCUAUACUUCUGCAAAAAUCAAAUCGCAAAAACGAACUCGACUCUUCCAAAAAAUUGAUAAAAUAAAAAAACGAUCAGACCCAUUCGAGCUCAGAGAUUGAUUUUUGUGCACGGCGAACAUCGCGCGUAUCGAACAGCAAUCAGACUCUUCCAAUCACGCAAGCAAGCAACUUUACUGGGAACUUAAGAUGAAAGAAAAAACCGAAUUUUUUUUUGCUAACCACCGACAAAUGUUUUAAAACAAAACACAACCGAAUCACUUUCUACCGGGAAUGAGAGUACCUAUACAAAAACGGCUUCCUCAACGCACUGGUCAUUCUGAUGCACACAUACGUAUGAUAUGGCAACAAAUCCCACUGAAAAGUAGUUUUCUACAAGAAGGAAUCGACAAAAUAAAUGUCAAUACGGUAGCGAAAUACCUGCAAAAUGCUUAAACAUUUCUAAACAGCCCGUGAAACGUGGAUGAAUUUUAUAACCAAAUACUCAACAGAGUUUUAGAUCGUUAAAACAAUCCAAAGACAUUGUCAAAAAAAAAAUCGUUAGCCCAUCACCAAAAAUGAGACUGUAGUGUAUUGAUCUGUUUUAAGUUAGCUAAUAAAAUUGAACCCGUCAUCCCCUAGAGAUCUAACAGAUUGAUAGUUUUACACCCACAUGUAUACAAAGAAAUUGUUAAUUUAACGUGUGUUAGUAAUUGUCCUAAGAAUCGCAAAACAAAAUGGUUGUUGUUGUUCUUUUUAACCUUCGUCCAGGACGUCCAAACAAAAGAAACCUUUUUAUAGGAAGUUAGAAACAAAAAAUGUUCACGAAUAAACCAAAGUAAGUAACAGAAACAAUGCAUACACUAAAAUCGUUAUUAUAGGAGUCAGUUUUUAUGAGGAAAAAAAAACAAAAAAUUACGUUUCAUUGUGAAUGUUUUAGUGAUCGGUGUUAGUGCGCAGAGCAAAACGGAGUCAAUACUCACACUACUAAAAUAGUUCUAAAAUAGAGCCGCUAGAAGAUACAUUUAUAUAAUAUUUAGUCCAAGAAACGCGGGUAGAUGAAAUUUGUAGGAGUCUGAUGAUAGUAGUACAAUCUCGUAGCUGAAUGUAGGGGAUAGGUUCGUUCGGUUUUAUAUUAUCAUACAUUUUGAAAACUACAAAAGCCUUAAUAAUUUUAAAUUUUCAAAACCUAAAAAUCUUAUAAUCAAACUAAAAUGAACAAUUAUUAUAUUUUACGGACUUCAGAUUAGAAGUUGAGCGUCAGAAAUCAAAACAAGAAUUCAAAGUUCAGGAUUCUAAUUUCAGACCUCAGAAUCGGAACUCAGAACAAAGAUUUCGAAAUCACAUUCUAAAUUUUAAUUUCAGAUUUUCAGAGAACUAGAAUUCAGAUUCAAAAUAAAGUUUCAGAACACAGAGUGUUAUUCUGCGAGUCAUGUGACAUGACUCGCUAAAUUUACGUAUCUUUGAAUCUCAUCUUAAUUGACAGUUUUGUUUUGAACGCAUACAGAAGUUGGGUAUAAGAUGUGAAAUUUGACGAGUUCGGAUUUCAGAUUCAGAUUUAAGAUCCAGAUCUACGUUUCAAAUUUCUGUCCCUGAUUUAGAUUUCAGUUUCAGAUUAAAAAUUUCAAAUUUCUGGUUUCAGAAUUCAUACUCAGAUUUUCGAUUCAAAUUUCCGAAUCAAAUUCCGGUUCAGAUUUCAAAUUCAGAUUUCCGAUUCAGAUUCAGAUUUCCGAUUCGAAAUUCAGAUUUCAGAUUCAGAUUUCAGAUUCAGAUUUCAGAUUCAGAUUUCAGAUUCAGAUUCAGAUUUCAGAUUCAGAGUUCAGAUUCAGAUUUCAGAUUCAGAUUCAGAUUUCAGAUUCAGAUUUCAGAUUUCAGAUUCAGAUUUCAGAUUCAGAUUUCAGAUUCAGAUUUCAGAUUCGGAUUUCAGAUUCAGAUUUCAGAUUCAGAUUAAGAGCAUCGAUUGAUUAAUUGUACAUUAUCAUCAUAUUUCGGUAUAGUUAAUGGUUUUGUAUUUUUUAUCGAGAGUUUCGAUUCAAAAUACAGAAAUCCAACUUCAGUAUUUAAAUUCAGGAUGUUGAAAAGGAAUUUGACCGCUAGAGAUCAUUUGUCAAAAUUCAGUUUUUUCUUAAUUCAUUUAAAAAAGAAUCGAACGAACCUUAUCUCCAACAUGAGUAGUGAGUAGUGAACGAAGCGAUAACAAAUAGAAUUGUUCUAAAAUUGAGCCUUCGGGUUCCUAACAUGUAAUGUCACUAUUACAAUAAGAAAAACCUUAAAAGUCAUUUAGGGCACGAGGAUCCCAGCCAAGCUAAAAAAAAAAUGAACCCAUUCCCACCAAAAGUAGCGAUAUAAUAAAAAAAACAAACAAAGAAAUUUUUGAAUAAGAAAACGCAAGAGUAGGGAAUCGAUAUACACGGAUUUUGAACGGGUAGAAACGACGAACGGUCAAAUGAACACGAGGAAUGUGGAUCAACAGGGAUUAAGAAGGAACUGAAAUCGUCGGGAAAUCAGGGAAGCAGAGAGAUUGUUGUAACUGUUGUUGUUAUAGUCGUUAUAAUGUGCUAACUACAUACCUAUAAUGUUAUUCGUGUGGGAAGUAGAUCGUAACAUGCAUUUUGGUUUUUAGAGGUGUUGUCCUUGCAUACCGAUCCCAAAAAAAAACCAUGCACAACACUAUUUUUUCGUAUACAUGAAAUCGGAGUGAUUGAAGACCUAUGACUGAACUGUGAAAGACUACAAAUUUCCACUCCUGCUAGAGGUUAACAUUUUAACAAACAGACGCUGAAGAGAGAGAGAUAAAAAUAAACCGUGAUGUCAAGCUAUCGUUUUUCAAUAUUGUUAUCAGAACAUUUAUAUUUUUCUGUUGGAAAUCAGAGAUGAUCGCGAUCAUAUCUUUACACUGUGUUACAAUCUGACUAAGAUAUAUUUAUUACUAACAUGUUGAAUUUCUGCCGAAUUACGUACCGUACGCAGUCGCAGGCGCGGGUGAGGUAGUAGCUUUACAAAAACAUACUAUAUAGGAACCGUAUUUAGCGACCUAACUGCUUUCGUACACAACAGAUCCGAUCUUCACGGUAGGGAAGUCCAUCUGGAAUGGCAACACAGAUACAUCCAUUGAUGAUCGUACUAGGGUUUAAAUAAA